UGGUGAUUUCAUACAUUGUGGGGCAUGGGAAAAAUCAAUUCUUCGUAUGUUUCAUGUUGAUCUUUUUCACUAAUACUUGAGGUAUUUCCUUAUUUGCUAUGGCAAACUCAUGAAGUGGUUACAGAGAAUGACUGUUCCUGGGGAACUGGGCGACCGGACAUGGGGCAGUGGGUACAACGGAAGGGAAAUUUAGAUCGGGUAUUGGAAGGAGCUUCUUUACAUGUAAGGGAGGGGAGGCAGUGUCCCAGGGCAGGCUGUCUGGGCCUGGAGCAGCCCGGGACAGCGGCAGGGUGGCACUGCAGUGUCCCCAAGGUCCCCCCGCUCCCGAGCCCUCCAUGUUCAUCCAGCGGGGCCCGGCAGCGCGCAUGCGCCGCGCGGGUCACCGCAUCCUGCGCCAGCGGAGCGCGCAGGCGCACUGGGGAGCGGGCCGGGUUCUGUUCCGGGGUGUGGAGCUGCAGCGGGCACAGCGCGUUCGGCGGGACUGAGGGGCUGAGGGCACGGCGGGACCAUGGUGAGUGUGUGUGGUUUUCUGUCCAACAGGAGCGAAGGCCUUUCCUUGCGUCAGAGUGUAAUGAGCUGCCCAAGGCUGAGAAAUGGAGGAGACAGAUCAUUGGGGAGAUUUCCAAGAAAGUGGCACAGAUCCAAAAUGCUGGAUUGGGUGAAUUCAGAAUUCGGGACCUGAAUGAUGAAAUAAACAAACUUCUGAGGGAGAAAGGACACUGGGAAUACAGAAUAAAGGAGCUGGGAGGCCCAGAUUAUGCUAGGAUUGGCCCGAAAAUGUUAGAUCAUGAAGGGAAAGAGGUUCCAGGAAACAGAGGCUACAAAUACUUUGGGGCUGCAAAGGAUUUGCCAGGAGUUAGAGAGCUUUUUGAAAAGGAACCCCUGCCACCCCCACGGAAGACUCGGGCUGAGCUCAUGAAGGACAUCGACGCUGAGUACUAUGGCUACAGGGAUGAAGAUGAUGGGAUUCUGGAGCCCCUGGAGCAGGAGCAUGAGAAGAAAGUUAUAGCAGAAGCAGUGGAAAAAUGGAAGAUGGAGAGAGAAGCACGACUUGCAAGAGGCGAGGAGGAGGAGGAAGAGAACAUCUAUGCUGUCCAGGAGGAAGAGUCUGAUGAGGAAGGUGGCAAGGAGAGAGAAGGUGAAGAUGGCCAACAGAAAUUUAUUGCACAUGUUCCAGUGCCAACUCAACAGGAGAUUGAGGAAGCUCUUGUACGAAGAAAGAAGAUGGAGCUGCUCCAGAAGUAUGCCAGUGAAACCCUCCUGGCACAGAGUGAGGAGGCAAAGACACUGCUGGGAUUGUAACAGUGCACCAGUGUCCUGGUUUGUGUGUAAUCGCUCUGGAAGCAGCAGGUUCCUAAGUUCUGGUAGCUUUUAGCUCUGGAAGUUCCUUUGGAUGUGGAGCAGACUGCUGGAAUUACAGUGUGGUGUGCAGGAGAACCAUCAUUGUGGUUCCUCCACUAGGAUGACUUGUACUCCAGUGCUGGAAAGGGUCAAACCUUGGUGAACUUGUCUGUGCAUCUGACAGCUGUCUUUUUGUUUUCAGUUUGGGAAAGGCUCUGUGCAGUGGGGCCUCCUGCAGAUAGAACCACACCCAGUGAGCUCCUAAAUCCCCGGUGUUCCUGCCAUCCUGUCUGCUCUGUCCUGACUGUGAGUGUGCACAUCUUCUCAUGCUGGGUAUUGUUGAGCUGAGAAGUAACUCACACUAUUACAUCUGCUUAGUUUACCAGAACAAUCUGGAACCUGUCUAGAGGUGCCUUGAAGGCAGAUCUUAGGAGGGACUCUGGAGAUUUGAUUCUUUCUAAAACACAUGCAACGUCUAAAACCUGUUACGUUUUCUGUGGUUUGUAACUGUGCCCAGAUGAAUUGCUUAAAUGCUGGAUAUUCCAGCAGCUACUGUAAAAACCUUUGCAAUACCUUGUUCAAAUAUUUUUAUUAAAACUUAUUUACAA